CCUGAAAAAAUGAAAAAAAAAAAAUCAGAAACUCAGUAGGCUCGCUUCGCUCCUUUCGUACCUGUAGCCUGUAGGUGAGUCAGCCCCAAACACAGCAACUCCCGCCCCUGCGUUUCCGACGGACGGAGAUCGGAAACCGACGACCGGCGACCGCAACGACUUCAUUGCAAUUGCAUCACCCAUAGCCGACUCGUCGUUUUUGAAGGUUAUGGAGAAAAAUGACUGCACAAGGUUAAGUAGCGAGUCGUUAAGUGGCGAAGAAGUGGAUUUGCAAGGUAACUGGAUCUUCUUUGAGAUCUAAUGAUCCAGAUAAAGUUGAAGAGAUGACUGAAGAUCUCAAACUUGGAAUUGAGUUCAGUUCUCAUGAUAGUGCAUAUGUAGCUUAUGUCAAGUAUGGUGCAAAACACGGUUUUGAUGUGAGGAAGCAUCAUAGAAAGACUAAUAAGAUGGGUCUUGUAUCAAGGGUAACUUAUGUUUGUUCAAAACAAGGUCACCGGAGAAAGGAUAAUAAACGGUGUGAGAGUAUAACUUAUUCUUUACCAAGUUCAAGGGUUGGCUGUGAAGCGCAUAUGGUUUGUUUACUCAUGAAAACUGGAAAGUUUAAGAUUAUAUCGUUUAAUGCAAGUCAUAAUCAUGAUUUGAUUAAAGCACCCAUGAAACACAUGCUAAAGGUUAAUCGUUGUUUAUCUAGAGCUCAAAAGGGACAUGUUGCUGACGGGGAAAAAUCAAGGUCACCAAUAAAAGAAACAGUGGAACUAGUGAGUAGAGAAGUUGAGGGGCAAGAGAAUUUUGGUUCCGGGGAUAACGAUUAUCGAAAUUACCUACAGAGAAAGCGGAAGUUAAAAAUGGAAAAGGGAGAUGCUGGGGCCAUAUUGCAAUACUUUCAAAAUAUGCGUGAAGAUAACUCAUCUUGUUUUUAUUCAGUGCAGCUUGAUGAGGAUGAUAGGAUCACAAAUGUAUUUUGGGCAGAUGCACGUUCAGUUUGUGAUUAUAAAGCCUUUGGUGAUGUUGUUUGUUUUGAUACCACUUAUCAGAUAAACGAAUAUGGUAGGCCAUUUGCACCAUUGAUUGGGGUUAAUCAUCAUAAACAAAUUGUAGGUUUUGGUGCAGCUUUACUAUAUGAUGAUAGCAGAGACUCUUUUAAGUGGCUGUUUGAGACUUUUCUUGCAGCAAUGUCUGGGAAGCAACCGAAGACCAUACUUACAGACCAAUCUGCUGCAAUGGCAGAGGCAAUAUUAGAAGUUUUUCCUGAAGCUAACCAUCGGUUAUGUGCUUGGCAUAUUUACCAGAAAGCUGCCAAGAAUUUAAGCCACGUGUUUCAUGCAUCAAAGCAAUUUGCUUGUGAUCUUAGCAAGUGUGUAUAUGAAUAUGAAGAUAAAGAUGCAUGGCUUUCUGCAUGGAAUGAUAUGCUUGAAAAUUAUGAUCUCAAGGAGGAUAAUUGGUUAAAAGAAAUAUAUGAAGUGAGGGAAAAAUGGGCAUUGGUGUAUGAACGACACACUUUCACUGCAGACUUGAUGAGUAUACAACACAAGGAAAGUAUCAGCAAUGUGUUGAAAAAACACUUGAUGCCAAGUCAUGAUCUCUUGUGCUUCUUUGAACAUUUUGAGAAUAUUUUGGCAGAUCGACGAGAUAAGGAAUUACAAGCUGAUUUCAAGAUGAUGCAGACCGUACCUUCACCAGUGAUUAAUGUGGAGAUGUUAGAGCGUGCUGUGGAGGUUUAUACCCCAGAAGUUUUUAGACUCUUUGAAAAAGAGUACAUGGGAAUUCUUAAUUGCAGUGUCUAUAAAAUUGGUAAGUCUGGGACGACAAGUGAAUACAAAGUAUCUUAUAGAUCUCAUGAGCAUUUGGUUAAAUAUGAUGGUUCAACACAAGCAGUUAAUUGUAGUUGCAAGAAGUUCACUUUUGUUGGGAUUUUAUGUUCUCAUGCAUUGAAAGUGCUAGAUAAGAAGAAUGUGAAAACAAUCCCACCUGAUUACAUAUUGAAGCGCUGGACAAGAGGUGCAAGGGAUAGGAGCCUCACUAGUUACCAUGGAAUUGAAACUAGCAACAAUCCAAGGGAGUCUCCUGGGAAGCGUUAUAGCCAUUUGUGCCAUAAUUUUCGUGAGAUAGCAUCCCUUGCAGCAGAAGAUGAGAGGUUAACUGCAUGUGCACACGAUUGGUCAGUUCAGUUGCUUAAAAGUUUAGAGGAAAUGAAGAAAAAUCUUGGCCUAGAUAAUGUACCUGUUCAUAAAAAUUCAGAAGGCGAAGCUUUAGUUGGAGAAAGUGGUGGAACUAAGCAGGUGAAAAUGGUAAAGCACAACGAUUGUGAAAUAACAAAAGAACGUGGAGUUAAAAGAAAGUAUACAGCGAAAUGCCCAUGUAGUAGACUGACAGAACCUGCGGAAACUCAGAAGCAUAUACCACCAACCAAAGGCACACAAUAUGCAGCAAGACAUUGGCUGUUAGAGGGAUCCUCUGUUGGAGCUAGAACCCAAGUAUCAUUACCAAGUCAUAGAUUUGAUGCAAGUGCAACUGUCAAUUUGCAGGGUACUCUGCCUUUCACUCAACAUCGUCAGGGGUCGUAUGUUGAUAAUGGAAACCAAGUGUCAUAUUCAAGUAAAACUUUUGGCGCAACUCCAAGUUUCCUCAAUAACAUGCAUUUCACUCAACUAUGUCAGGAACCUUCGAGGCAUCAUAAUCACUGUUCACAAAGUAAUGGAGGCAAAGAGUCAGGAAAUUGAGCACGUAAUGAAUGCCAAUAGUUGACGGGUUUCAUGGAUUUUGUAUGUACAGCUGCUUGGGAUAUCAACCAUAGUUUUGUGCAUAAUGUGAAAGAGUAACAUGUCGUAUCUAGAGAUUUUGUGCCGCAUAUACUGAAAAUUGGAGCAGUAGAAGUUGCGUAUGUUUUUUAGUUCAUGCUCUUUUACUCUUUUAAGUUGUAUUAAUGGAUAUAUUGGCUUGAAUUUUCCUA